AUGUAUUAUUAAUACAGUUAAUCGUACCAUCAAUAAAGAAAAGAAAAUAAACAGAAUUAAUUAUAUAAUUCUUUAUAAUUAGAGAGGGAGUAAGUUAAAUCAUUUAUAAAAUAAUAAGAGCUAAAUCACAAAUAACAAUCAUAAUUUAUUAAAGAACAAAUUAAUCAAUAAACUGAUUCAAUUAAAUUUAGAAUUGCUUAAAGACGAAACAGCUUAUAAGUAGAUUAAGAAGCUAAAUAAAUUUAAAAAAUAGUGGCAUAUUUCAACUAAAGAAUCUAAAAAAUUAGAGAUUAAGUAUAGAACGAAGAUUAAUUAAUUUUAAUAUAAAAAUUAGAAGAAGAAAAACUAAAUAAGAUUUUACAAUUAUAAAAAUAAAUUUGA